AAAAGAAAGAAAUCGUGCCCUUUCUCGUGCUCUCAGUUUCUGUUCCGUUCUUUCAUGCUUACCGGAAAGCUGUGGAAAUGUCAAGCUAUUUUAUUCUUUUAUAUCUCUGGCUUUGAACUUGAACCACUUUGUGUUAAUCUUUUCAUCUUACUGUAGGUCUUCCUUAAUGGAUUCAGCUGCUUCUGUGGUUUUAAGGAUUUAAACUCAAGGUUCUGAACUUCAGACUGCUAUUGAAGUUUCCUGGAACUGUUUCCGGCAGUUGUGCUUCUCCUAUAUAGCAUAGGGGCCAGAUAGUGCUGUCUUUAAACCAUAGAUUUAGAACCAACCAUCUGGUACACGUGAACAACACUCCAGACCUGUCACAAUGAUUUCUCCAAUGGAAAUCAUCCUCAACCUGAUAACACCAGACUCCUCUCCAUCUACCUCUCCGACAAAUACAAUUGAGAGGCUGGACGGCAGUCUGGCUCAGGCAGCGCUCUGCAAUGUCGAUGGCUCGCAAACACGGUCCGAGGAUUCACCGCUUGAUCCCCAGCGCACGAAGCAGGCCAUAGCACAGCUCCAGCAGAAGAUCCUGAGGCUGACAGAGCAGCUGCGAAUCGAACAGGCAGCAAGUGACGAAAAUGUAGCCGAGUACCUCAAGCUCGCCGGCAACACUAACGACAAGCAGCAGAGUUCACGCAUUAAACAGGUCUUUGAGAAGAAAAACCAGAAGUCGGCAGCAACUAUUGCGCAGCUGCAGCGCAAGCUAGAGCACUACCGGCGCCGGCUUCGUGAAGCUGAGCAUGGUGGUGAUACCGCACGGCAACACAAAGGUGUACUGCGCGAUGUUCAACAGGGUCUUCGUGACGUGAGUGCGCGUGUAAUCACAGGCCUUAAUGAUGGCGUGGUAAAUAGUGUACGUGGCAGCCUGUCCAGCUUCUCACACGCCACGCACACGGCAGCUGGUGCUGUGGUCUCUAAGCCACGUGAGAUCGCCUUGCUUCUGCGCAGCCGCUUCGGCAGCGCGGACAACAUUAGUGCGUUGAAGGAUGGAGAAGAUCCUAAUGGUGCCAGCACCAGCGGGAACUUGCAGGGCAGCCCACACUUUGGCAGUGAAGAAGACUGCUCGAGCGCAACGUCAGGAUCAGCUGGUGCCAACAGCGUGACGGGGGGAAUCGGCAGCCCACCGAGCUCUAAGGGGAACACAUUGGACCGAGGAACUUCUACAGGCAUGGAGAUGCUGAUACAGGAGGUGCAGGAGCUCAGGGAGGUUCAAACUCGUCUGGACGAAUCUCUGGAGCAACUGAAGGUUCACUACCAGCGGGACUACACACUGUCCAUGCAGGCACUGCAGGAGGAGAGGUUCAGGUGUGAGCGGUUGGAGGAGCAACUGAACGACCUGACAGAGCUGCACCAGAAUGAAAUAUUGAAUCUGAAACAAGAGCUGUCCAGCAUGGAAGAAAAAAUGGCCUAUCAGUCAUAUGAGAGAACUCGGGAUAUACAGGAGGCGCUGGAGGCCUGUCAGACACGAAUCUCUAAUAUGGAACUACAGCAGCAGCAGCAGCAGGUGGUGCAACUUGAGGGCCUGGAGAACGCCACGGCACGCGCCCUGCUCGGCAAGGUUAUCAACAUCCUGCUCGCCCUCAUGGCCGUCCUCUUGGUGUUUGUAUCCACUGUGGCUAAUUGUAUAGCGCCCAUGAUGAAAACGCGCAGCCGCUCCUUCUCUACGCUCCUUCUCUUCCUGCUCUUCACUUUGCUCUGGAGGAACUGGGAUGCCCUCUCAGAACACACACUUUGCAUUCUGCAUGCGCAGAGAUGACAGUGCUGCCAAGCGCGUUGCAGUCUUUUUUAAACAUCAGGAAGUCACAGCCAGCUGUCAACCAUCAAGAGACUGGAAAAUAAUCUGUGAAAAAGGACUUCAUUUCCCUUUUUAUAGGAAAAGGUGUCUAUGUUUACAUUUUGGAAGUAUGAAUUAUGGGCCUUUUCUUGCGGCACCUCUUUUAUUAGGACAUUGUUUUAAAUAAUAAAUGAUAUUCCAACGAUUUAUAACAAACUUUAUUUUAUACGAUUAUCAGUUGUAUGUAGCAUCAAAGUCCUGUUACUGAAACAGGUCAUGGAAAAUUUUGUUGGAUGUUGCACUCAAACUUGCGUCUCCCAUCACUGCCUUUGUUCGUUUUUUUAGUAAAUUUUAUUGGCUGCCUUUGAGAUGGGGGAGCGUAUGCACUUUCAGCUACGUCUAGCAGUGUUAGUCUACUUUGACAUCACUUUGUUCACUGCACUGGAUUUAACAAUGAAGCGGGAACCUGAAUGGCCUGAUGGACAUACUUGAAAAGAGUGGUACUUUUAGGGACCUUCUGUGCUUCCAUAUUGUUUCUAUUAGCAAUGUAUUACCAUUUUCAGGAACUUUAUAGUAUAUGGAUGAUAAAUGAACGAAUGAGUGAGUUGUUAAAAGGAGGGGGGCACUACUAUUGUGAUUGGCACAUACAGUUUACCGUAUAAUAGGAUGUGAGAAACUGCAAAAAAACUUCAGAACUUGACUUGACCAAGUUUGAUUUCUGCUGAAUAUUAAGCAUUAUAUAAAAUAGGCUAUCAGCAGUUAUAAUGUUUUAUUAUUUACUGCUGAAAAUGAAAGCCUGUGAAUCUUCUCGGGAACGUUAUUACACCCAGUAUUGGGUUGCAUCACUCUUUUGAUUGGCGUUUGAUCUUCAGCGUCAUUGAGCUAAUUCAUUUAUCUGAGUUGGCUAAGCAAAAACUCCAAGACUUUAGAUUCACCAAGGUUGGCGUUUCCCUUAAAAUGCUGUUCGAGCAUUUUAAGGUGAGGACAGGACAGAACACUGAGCAAACAAAGCUGAGCAUUGACCUAAUUUAAAGUUUAGGGACAUUCUAUAAUAAUAAUAAAAAUAAUGAUAAUAAUAAUAAUAAUAAUAAUAAUAAUACAGCAAUAAAAUGUAUUUAAAAUGAGUGAUUUAACAAAUCCCUGUGGGAUUCAUGAAUGAAGGUGGUUAUCUUUAUUCUGGCAAAGAAGUUCUUUUCUGUGUGAGUGUAUCCAAGCUAUUAACAUUGUUACUGUAUUUAAAAGUCUUUUAUAUUAUUUAGUAUAAAUGUAAUAUUUAAGGUGUCCAAUUAAGCCAUGGAUAAUUGGUUUAGCUACUUGAAAAAUAAAUCGGAUUAAUUAGUAAAUUUAUCCUCAAAACCUUUGUGACCCAGGUGGACAGACUCUAGGUCUCUGCACUGCAUGACUGUUUAACCUUGACCCUGAAAAUGUGUGAAACAGCCGGAGGUGUGUGCGUGUGUGUGUGUGUGUGUGUGCGCGUGUGUUUGUGUGUGGGUAGGUGGGUGUGAAUGCUAGGCAACUUCAGUGCCUUGUGAUGUCUGUAUGCCUGUAAUAAAAAGCAUUCCUGCCUAGACAAAGA